AUGUUGUUAGUGUGGGUUAUUUAUUUGUCUUACAAAAUAGUUUUGACUGGUUGUGAAGUUAUUUUGGUCAAUCGAAAUGGUCUAGACAGUUUUCGUGUUGGAAAAGACGGUUGUAAGCUUGAUACAAGUGUUUGUACGAGUCCUGCAACAUGUCAGUCUGAUAAAUCGUGUCUGUGCAGUGAUGAUGAACCUAAUUUUCGAAAUCCUCGUACAAGAGCUGGUGAUGGUAAAAAUUAUGGCUGUCUUGACAGUGAAAGUAUUCGCGCUGGAGUUGGUAAGUUCUUAUGAUAAUUAUACACGUAGUUCAUUUCAACUUUGCAGCUGAAGAUUUAAACUUGUUUCAUGACCUUCUGUACCAUUAAAUGUUUAGGGUCUUUUUUGAUACCAUAGACUGUGUGAACUUGUCCCUCCAGCCAGUGGCGCCGUGACCGGAGGGGCAGGGAGGGCCAUGGCCCCCCUAUUUCCCCCCUCCUAGUCGGAAAUUGUCAAAGUUGUCGACGGGGGGGAGGUGAAUAUUUAAAAUGUUGUCCGGAAAAAUUUUUGGUUUGGCGGAAAAAAUUUUCGGUUUGUCGGAAAAGUACUGCUUUUGCCCCCCCCCCCCAAAAAAAAAAACAUGGGUCCCACGGCGCCACUGCCUCCAACCCCUGUUUUGGUCCCUCCAGUGAACUAUAUUGUCCCCCCUCCCUACCCAGUGAAGGCCCUUCUGUCUAAUAUAUAAGCAUGCAAAAAAGGGAAAAAUAACUUAGUUAAUAAGAGUAUUUUAGAAUUCCCAUGACCAACUCUUUGUCUAGCGGAUGAAAUUAUAUAAAAUUGUGUCUAAAUAUGCCGAAAAUCAAGCCUCAGACACUAAAAAAAAAUUUUUCUGGGCAAAAAGUUCCCAUCACUUUUCCCGUUCACCACCUUUUAGUUGGGUUCCUUUCUCUUGAUAGCCUCUCCACUGACAAAUUCUCAAAGGAGGGCCUGAUUGAGAUGGCACGAGGAAGCAACUUGUCAAUGUUGCAAAAUUUCUUCAGUUCAUCUUGCUCAAAAAGUCUUAUUUUUAAUACUAUUUAAAUAUAUUAGGAAAAACCGCCGACUGCGUAUUGGGCCCUUUUCAACUAAUACCCCACAGCCAGAAGGAACAAGCCACGAAAUUUAGUGACUUUGGCGAACCAAAGAUAGUGAUAAAGAAUUGUUCCUUGCCGACAAAUGGCAAACCUGUCCUGGUAAAGUUUCCAGACAACGCUACAGAAAUGGAGUUGCAAUGGUUGGAUCAAUCUUACGUUGACUUGAACGUCUCCAACAAAGUUUUAUAUUUUAAAGUACGUGAAUGCAUUCAUUCAUGUUUUUCUUAACUAAAUUUAAAAUCAGUUUGUUUUUCCUUUUUUAGUGGAAAAAAUCAGUUCCAAAUUUGCAGGGGACGAUAAUCACUUUCAAUCUCUACUGUGAGGUGAAUGACUCGCGGGUAAACGCUGACAUCAAAUUAUACCAAAGAAAAUGCCUGCGAGCGAAGGUUCUUGGAACAUGGUCUGCAGGUAACUGUAAAAAAAUGUGACUUCAAGUUAACAGUAACUUCCAAGCUAUACAAGCUUUGCAUAUUAUUAUAUAUGCAGGCUCCGUUGCUUGCUAAUUGGUGUUUAUAUCACAAAGUUCUUUUCUCUGUACUUUACGCAUGAUCUAGUUUAAAUAUGCUUAAUUUAUUUUAUCUAGACACCGUCUCUGUACCAUCUGAUCCCACAGUAACCUCCACUGAACCUAAAUCUUCACAGAUAACAACAAAAACAAUUUCGUCUGUUACAGUGACAACAGAAACAACAGCAGAACCAAGUAUUGUUAUUUAUAUAAUUUACCUAUUUAGUUCAUUGUAUCGAUUUCUUUAUUUCUUCAUGCCCUUUAUUCUUAGUAGACCAUUGCUUACGGAUUAAGCAGUUAGGAGAUUUUUAGUAAUACAUUGUGUUUAGUUUUUGAUUCGUUUUGAUAUAAGCAUUCAUAUUCUUCAAUAUAAUCUCAUAGGUAAAUAAGAAAAUGUACUCAUUUAAUCAAUCAUCUUCACACAAUCUUAUAUCUUCAAUAGAACUGGCUAGAAAAUUCAACUAUAAUGUUUGUCAACAUUUUAGAAUCAAUCGUAUCAAAGAAAAUAUUCAUUGCUUUGUUUUCUGCCUCCCUUGUCGCCAAUGUUGUUCUUGGAAUUAUUGUCGGAUUUCUGUGGAAGGAUAGGAAAAGGUGAGUAAAACUUUCCUUCGCCCUUUCAUGCCUCGAUGUCUCGUGUCAACUCAAGUUCAGCGUCAAUUUGUUAAUGUGUCGAUCUUCUCUCUCACAUUCCAUCCAUGUCUUCUUCGGUAUCUCUCGUUCUCUAUAUCCAUGCCAUCUCAGUAUCUUCAUAUAUCUCCAUACCAUCUCAGUCUUGCCUUCCUCAUCUUCUCGACAAUGUCUAUAAUUGUUGGAUUGUUAAUAUUUUCAUCCUUUUUAGAAUGCAGGACAAACAUUUGAAAAUUACAGGUAAUUAAUAGAGAAACGUACAAAUGCACGAUUCUAGCUAUGGACUAAAUUUUGAUCUAGGCAAGAAGAAAAAAAUCCAUCACCACAGGUAGAAAGAGCAUGUUAAAAUUAGUAAAAUUGCUCUCGGCCCAAAUGUGGUGCAUUUGCCCGCGCGUAAUAUUUAACAAUUAUUCGCCGAAGGCGAGGUGAUUAUCGGUGAAUAAAAACCGAGACGAAGUCGAGGUUUUUAUUCACGAUAAUCACCGAGUCUGAGGUGAAUAAUUGUUUUAGUAUAAUUUCAUAGGUGAUUAUUUGGAAAAAAAUAUGAAAAUACACAUUUCUUCAUCAUUUAAUUGACAAAAAGGCUUCGGCCGCCAUUUUGAAAAUCGCUUAGGUGAUUAUCGCGUAAUAAUCACCUCAACGGCAACCAAUCAGCGUGGAGAAUUUUCAAUAAUCACCUAUGUAAUUAUACUAAAUAUCAAUAUAAAAUUUGCAAAUUUCGCAGAGUUAUAUUUUCCUCAUUUUACAACAUUUCGCAACCAAACUUUGCAAUUUUACUAAUUUUAACAUGCUCUUUCUAGCUGUGGUGAUGGAGUUUGUUCUUCUUGCCUAGAUCAAAAUUUAGUCUAUAGCUGGAACCAUCCAUUGUGUUCACGCGAAUACAAAAUCUUGUACCGAAUAGGGUUACAAACGAUGUUUUUCUACAGUUUUCUAGAUUUGACUGACAUUAUUUUAUAUCGUAUUUAUGUUCAUAAAGAUGACCAUAGACAGCAUUUGAGAAAGCUUCUGAUCGAGAAUUCGACGUUUUGAGCGAAGGCCCUCUGCCGACAGGCUUUUGCUCCGGCGAAACGUCAAAGUUCUACUUGUAUUUUUUUCAGGUGGGUGCGUCCCUAUCUGUCCGAAGCUUUCUUUUCAUCGGCACUACGAGUACCUCAGUACACUGGCACAGACCUUCAGCAUUUACCUUAUCAUACAGUAGUAACACUUCCAGUGCCCAACAGUUUGAAUUGGUGUGUAGUAAGACGACUAAUUUGAGAUGAGUUAAUUUUGUGUUCAAAAUAUCUCUAAGAUGCUUGACAAAUUAUAGAAUUGGAAACUAUCGAUGAGCAGAGAAGUGCAGCCACAGGAGAUGAUAUCAACGCGUACGAUGAAGUAGUAACAGAGAGUGGCAUGCACAAUGAAAGAAUUUACGACGAGUCCUUACCAUCAUCAAGACACAGCAAUUU